AUGUCUUCAAUUGAAUGGGUAGUAUUAGUUUUCGAUAAACCAAACGUCGAUAGGUCUAAAAUUAGACCAGUUCAUUUACAAAAGAUCCCACCAACCGUCAAUGGCGGGAUUGUUAAAGCUGCUGGGGCAUUUUUCCAUGAUAUCGAAAAAACUAAAUUUGCCGGAAGUACCUAUCAUUUAAUGGCUAAAAACAAAGAAGAAAUCAUUGAGUUCUUAAAGAAAGAUCCUUACUAUGAAGCUGGGAUUUGGGACAUUGAUUCAGUUGUUGCUUAUCCAGCCGGAAUUGCCGUUAGAACUCCCAAAACUAUUCCUGGUAUCGAUGAGGAACUUUUCAAAUUAUAG